UGUCACCUUCACCUGUCACUGUGUCAUCACCGGUGUCACCUGUGUCAGUGUCACCGGUGUCACCCACACCUGUCACUGUGUCAUCACCGGUGUCACCUGUGUCAGUGUCACCUGUGUCACCCACACCUGUCACUGUGUCAUCACCGGUGUCACCUGUGUCAGUGUCACCGGUGUCACCCACACCUGUGUCACCCACACCUGUCACCUGUGUCGUCACUGUGUCACCUGUGUCACCCUCACCUGUGUCAUUGUCACCUGUGUCAGUGUCACCUGUGUCACCCUCACCUGUGUCAGUGUCACCUGUGUCAGUUUUCCCGGGUCAACCUCACCUGUGUCAGUGUCACCUGAUGUCAGUGUCCACCUGUGUCGAUUGUCAACCUUUGUCAUUGUCACCAUGUUCAUUGUCACCUGUGUCAUUGUCACCUGUGUCACCCUCACCUGUGUCACCCUCACCUGUGUCAGUGUCACCUGUGUCAUUGUCACCUGUGUCAGUGUCACCUGUGUCAGUGUCACCUGUGUCAUUGUCACCUGUGUCAUUGUCACCUGUGUCACCCUCACCUGUGUCACCCUCACCUGUGUCAGUGUCACCUGUGUCAGUGUCACCUGU